AUGGCAAGGAAUAGUAUCCUUGUAUUGGGGUUCCUGCUAUUUUGUUGUUGCACAUCCAUUGCAGAAGCAGAAUACAUGAAAUAUAAAGAUCCUAAACAUCCAGUCGGUGUUCGAACCAAGGACUUGAUGAAGAGGAUGACUCUGGAGGAGAAGAUCGGUCAAAUGUCGCAAAUAGAAAGAACUGUUGCAACUGCGGAUGUGGUGAAAAAGCAUUUCAUUGGGAGCAUAACAAGUGGUGGAGGAAGUUGGCCGGCUCCUAAUGCCUCUGCUGCAACCUGGGUUAAUAUGGUAAAUGAUUUCCAGAAGGGUUCUCUGUCUACCCGUCUUGGGAUUCCGAUGAUUUAUGGGAUUGAUGCUGUUCAUGGCAACAAUAACGUCUACAAUGCAACUAUCUUUCCCCACAAUGUUGGUCUCGGCGUGACCAGGGAUCCUGUGCUCAUCAGGAAGAUUGGAGCUGCAACUGCUCUGGAAGUUAGAGCUACAGGCAUUCCUUAUGUUUUUGCUCCGUGCAUUGCGGUUUGCAGAGACCCGAGAUGGGGUCGAUGUUAUGAGAGUUAUAGUGAAGAUAACAAAAUUGUGCAGCAAAUGACUGACAUCAUAUCUGGUUUACAAGGAGAAGUUCCUGCAAAUUCCCGAAAAGGUGUUCCCUUUGUUGCCGCUGGAAACAAAAACGUUGCAGCUUGUGUAAAGCACUAUGUGGGGGAUGGUGGCGCCACCAAAGGUAUCAAUGAGAAUAACACUGUGAUAGAUGUGUUUUAUUAUUCAGAUGCACAUGGAUUGCCCAGUAUUCACAUGCCAGGAUACUACACUUCAAUUAUCAAGGGUAUUUCAACUAUCAUGGUCUCACUUUCUAGCUGGAAUGGAGUAAAGAUGCAUGCUAACAAGAAUCUUAUAACUGGUUUUCUCAAGAAUUUCGUCCAUUUCAGGGGUUUCGUCAUUUCUGAUUGGCUGGCUAUUGACAAAAUCACCACUCCAGAACAUGCAAAUUACUCGUAUUCAGUUCAAGCUGGAGUUAACGCUGGCAUUGACAUGUUCAUGAUUCCCUUCAACUACACGGAAUUUGCUGAUGUUCUAACCCACCAUGUGAAAAACAAUGUCAUUUCGAGAAGUCGAAUUGAUGAUGCUGUUAAAAGAAUCUUGAGGGUUAAGUUCACCAUGGGGAUUUUUGAGAACCCAAUGGCUGAUCUUAGCCUGGUUGACCUUCUUGGGAGUCAGGAGCAUAGAGAAUUAGCAAGGGAAGCUGUGAGGAAAUCCCUAGUACUAUUGAAGAAUGGAGAAUCUGCAGAUAAGACACUGUUGCCACUCCCCAAGAAGGCACCAAAGAUCCUUGUUGCAGGAAGUCAUGCAGAUAACCUUGGUUAUCAAUGCGGUGGCUGGACAAGCACCUGGCAAGGAAUUACUGGGAAUGACCUCACAAUUGGUACAGCGGUACUCAAAGCAAUCAAAAACACCGUUGACGCAACGACUCGAGUAGUUUUCAACGAAAACCCUGAUCCAGAAUUUGUCAAGUCAAACGAAUUCUCUUACCCGAACGUUGUUGUGGGUGAACAUCCAUAUGCAGAGUCAUUUGGUGAUAGCAUGAACCUUACCAUCUCCAUGCCUGGCCCAAACACGAUUAACAAUGUUUGUGGAGCCAUCAAAUGUGUAGUUGUUGUUGUCUCUGGCAGACCUGUCGUCAUACAACCAUACCUGGCCAAAAUGAAUGCACUAGUAGCAGCAUGGUUACCAGGUAGUGAAGGCCAAGGUGUUGCUGAUGUUCUGUUUGGUGAUUAUGGGUUUACAGGUAAGCUUGCACGCACCUGGUUCAAGACUGUUGAUCAGCUUCCGAUGAAUGUGGGUGACAGGCACUAUGAUCCCUUAUUCCCAUUCGGAUUCGGACUCGUCACCAUGCCAAGUACUCAGGGACGGAGCUGGGCAUAGGUCUGCAGACUGGCCUGUCUAAAUGAAAACUUACGUUAAGACAAAUAAAAGUUUAAUCAUAUUUUUAUGAAUACCACUUUUGUUUUCUUUGCUAAUUUAGUUACAUUUAGUACUCUUUUUUAGAUCUUAAACAACCA